AGAGCGAUUUGGCCCAAGAUGGCAUCGAACCCGGCGCUUGCCUGUCUAGACAUGACGUCACGGGAUGCGUUGCCUGGUGGUCGCUCGCCUGCUGGGGGCUUUGGCGGGAAGCUUGAAGCCGUCGCCGGUCGGCACGUCCAGCGGGGCAGCUACGGCUGCCCCGCAAGAGUUUUGGACAUGGCUGAUGGAAGUGGGCGUCCUGAACGAGAGCUACGUGAGCUGGAUCAAUUGCCAAGGGCAUCCAUGGGACAGGUUUAGGGCAUUACUUGUGUCUCACUUGGAGGAAGGCGGUUGGAACUAUGGCGAGCCGGAAGCUUGGGUGUCAGCACCUGGGCAUUGGACCCUAAUCAAGGAGGCAGAGAUGAUUGUUGAGCUUUGGAGGCAGCGCGACCUCAAAAUACAGGUUGAGAACAUCUCGCUUGCAGAGCACAUGGCCAUGCCCAAGCGAGCAGCCACUCGAGCGCCAUCUGGGGUGGUGCGAGGAGACACUGUGGCCUGGAUCAUCGCGGACCAUUUGCAUCACAUGAAGAAUCCGGGCCUGCGAUCUGAAUCCUUCGCCGGCAGCUGCCUGCAAGGCGUGCUGGCGGCCCUGGGGGUUUUUGCCCGGGCGCUGCACGUGCUGGGGAAGAGCGAAAUUUGGACGGCGGGGUCUGAGGACGGGUUUCUGCUCUGGCGAGUGGAGAUGGGGUUCCUGGUGGCCGGCAUGCUGCUGGGCGAGGGUUUGAGCUUGUUCGAUCUCACGGCGGCACCUGGCUGGCCGGGAUUGAACACUCGCUUCUUCGAACAGCUCUUGCACCAGCCGGCUGAAGGGGACGGAGGGGAGCUGAAUUUGCCCAAAGAGACGGCUGUGCUGGGCCUGCCGCGCCGGGUGGGGGAUCCAAUUCCCGAGAAGAUGCCCACAGCGGAGCGGUAUCAUGCGGCCACGGAUCCCGCGGGCGCCACCUCCUGGGGCAAGAGCCUGGCGGCGCAGAUGGCCGCCAGGGGCCAGGUGCUGAGGCUGGCUACGGAGGUGCUCCCACCGGGGCAUCCUUUCCCAUGGAAGGAGCUGGGCCUGCCUUACCGGGUUCCGGACCGUGAGCAGGCGAGGCGGCUGUUCCUGCCGGGCUGGCGCCGGAAAAUACGGAUGCUGGCCAUCCUCGCGUACCAUGGCGCACUUGAUCUUGAAAUUCCGGAGCUUCUAUUGCAUCUUUUUGCCCGGUGGUUUCAUGCGCGCUUUGUCCUCAGUGGUGCGAACACGCAGCACAUCUGUCGCAACACCGAGGGCUCAAGGACGUUGGCCACGCUCUGCCCCGAGCGGCCGGAAGCCCGGCACUUCAAGCGCCCCUUCGAAGGACCGAGCUGGAAGCGGAAGUGGGGCCGCGCGAAGAUGUCGGGGAAACGGCGGCAUUUGUUGGAAGGGCGGGGCACGAUCCAUCCCAACGACCCGCGUUUACAGUUUCGGUCCCGCAGCGCGGCCAAAAAUCCAGACCUCAUCACAGUCAGCGGUUGGAUAGACGCCAUCCACCUGACGCAACGCUUUCCAGGUGUUCCCUUGGUGAUGUAUUUCGGCCCCCCUGUCAUGCUGGUGGUUGCGGAGGAUGUGCUGGAAGGCAACAGGGCGCUGGUAGACGUCUUUUGGCAGCGAGUCAGAGGUCUGACAAAGAAGGCAGUUCUUGGUCAGAUGUUUAUUGCAGCAGAGUCCCUGUUUCGUGCUGAGCAAUUCUUCUGGCAGACUGGGGUCGAGGUUCCGUUUCUUCGUCCCAUGUCGACUUGGGUGAAUGCUUCCUAUACCCCGAAAAACCGACGACAUGCUGGGGCAGAAGUCUUGGUCCACAAUCGUGGCCGCCUGAAAUAUGAAACUGCCUUCCUGGAGUCGUUGCAGCUGAUGGCAGGAAUCAAUUUCCCAUAUACCAUCGUGCCGCAAGGUGGCCGGAUCAUACCUUUCAGAGAGAUGGCCAGUUUUCAUGCUGUCGUGAUCGUCCCCUGGUCCCCAGAGCUUUGCAUGUUGAGGCACCUCUUCAAGAUGUGGAUGCCUUUGCUGGUCCCAGAGCCAUCAUUACUGCGGAACCUAGUGCAUGUGGCCAACAUGCGGCUCUUGCCUUAUCCCUACAAUGCCUUCGACCCCCACAGCAACCGGGCGUAUGUGGAAUCCAUCCAUCCUUUCGAUCCGUUCCUGGACACCGCAAAGCCCCCUGCAGACGUGCGCGGGGUGAAGGCCCGCGCCUAUUGGGCGGAGUACUCGGAGUAUCUCUUGCUCCCGGAGCUGCUGCGUUUUGCCUCCUCGGCUGAUCUGCUGGCGCGGCUGAACGCCAUGGAGGGCCACAAGGUCUCGCAGAGGAUGCGAGCCGCAUAUCGCAACGACAUGCAGGAGAUGAUGAGCUUUUGGCAGGAGCUCUUGCCAGUGAUGCUCACAAAAAGACAAGUCUGGACAGAUGGUUUUAAGCUUUUCGCAUUUGCAUCGGCACAUGAAAGCAUAGAGGGUUGCGUGAUCUGA